AUCGAAAAUAAAACGAAAAUUCCGCAAUAUUGUCGCGUUUAAGCAAAACGUCUAAUCGAACGUAUUGGCAGGAAGACAAAGCGGUAGUGGCCCCGUUAAGAUUUCGAUCGUUGGCGGUGGUCAAAGGGGUUCGAAAGUUUGGCGACGUGAACGUAUCGAAAUGACAAAUGAUCCAGAUUUGGAUGAUUGUGCUUUUCUAUCAGGUGGUGAAUCCAGCGGUGGCCGACAAACACGCAAUGGUGUUGCCGUCUGUUCACAAAAACGUGCCCUCCUAGUGGCCGGUGUGGUGUUAGGCUCACUCCUGCUAACAGCUUUAAUUAUAGCCUAUGCUGGACCAACAACGGAUUGUUCGUGUGCACGCAAAUUACCGACGGGCCUUCAAACGGACGCAGAGAAUGUAACCGAACCCUUUAAUCCGAUUGCCACAAAUGGUGAACCGUUUCCAUGGUUGAAUUUAACCCUACCCACCAAUGUUCGUCCAGUGCGCUAUAUGGUGACAAUCCAUCCGAACUUAACGACGUUAGAUGUUAAAGGUCAAGUGACAAUCGAUCUAUUCAUUGAAAAGGAAACAAAUUUCAUUGUGCUGCACAUUCAGGAUCUAAAUGUCACAGAUAAGGCCAUUGUACCGAUGGGAAAUAAAGGUAACGGCAUUAAAAUUGUCAAAUUCUUGGAAUAUCCGCCACGACAACAGCUGUAUAUCGAAGUAAAAGAUAAACUGCGAAAGAAAUCCAAUUAUACGCUUAAUUUGCGUUGGUAUUCGAAGCUUAACCCCGAACCGGAAGGUUUCUAUGUGGAUCAGUAUGAAAGUUCAAAUGGUUUGGAAAGAUUAUUGGCAGCCACAGUUUUCCGGCCGAAUGGUGCAAGAAAAGCCUUCCCUUGUUUCGAUGAGCCCCAUAUAAGAGCACCCUUCCGUGUCUCGGUCUUUCGUGAUCGCUUCCAUAUCGGUCUUUCCAAUUCCAUUGUCCAUACCACAGAGGAUGUUGGCUUCUAUAUGGGUACUGGGUUGCUCCGCGACGACUUCAUUGAAACACCACCACUGCCAGCCGAUGCUGUGGCUUGGGUUGUAAGUGAUUUCCAGCGUGAGUCAUUACAACCCUCAGCUGCCUAUUUACCUGCAACACAAGCUCCGCCAUCAAGUGGUAGUGGUCGAAAAUCGGGUCAACUGAGUAAUUAUACUCUGCAGAAGGAUAAGAAACCUCCAGUGCGUAACAUCACAGCCCUGACCCAUUCAUUGAACAUCAAUAUUUUGGGUAAAAAUCUUACCACCACCACCACAACUACUGCAACUCCCUCCAAGGAUUUCGAUACGAAAAAUCUUACAGCCCUUAGCCAAUCGACACGUUCCAGUAUUACACGAGCCCCUUCGUAUACAUUUUAUGCUCCGCGUGAGCUACUGCCAAGAUCUUCAUUUAUUCUGCACACAUCCAGAGAUGUUUUGGAAUAUUUACAAACCUGGUUGGAGGUUAGUUAUCCGUUGACCAAGGUUGAUUUUGUGGCAUUGCCAUCGUUGGAUCGUAAUAUUAUAUCUUCAUUGGGUUUGGUCACAUUGAAGACAUCUUUUCUUACGGAACCGGAAUCCAUUACAACGUCACAAUAUCAAGAGAGCGCUUUACUGGUAGCUGAGGCAAUUGUGCGACAAUUUUUCGGUGGUAUUACUUCGAGAAAAAUUUUAAAAGAUGUAUGGUUGUGGGAGGGUCUAAUUAAAUAUUUGGGUAUUCACACCCUAUCACCACUGCAAGAAAAUUGGCCUUUACGUGAAAUGUAUUUAUUUAAUAUGGCCACAGCAGCAUUGGAUAUCGAUGCGAUCCAGGGAUGGGAUAGCAUAAUGAACGGCACCAGUCAUGAUGGCAACAAUGAGGAGUUCUUUAUACAAAAAACUGCCGCCAUAUUUUCCAUGUUACAUACGGCUAUAGGAGAAGAUCGUUUCAGAAGUUGCUUAGGAGGUUUUCUCAAGCUGAACCGGUUUAAAACUGCCGAACCUUUGGAUUUGUGGAAUAUUUGCACGAAGAAAGCCAAUGGAGCUAAAAAUAUAAAGGACAUGAUGUCACUGUGGACCCAUCAACCCGGUUUCCCCCUGCUGACCGUAACGAAAAUGGGCAAUCGUAUAACCAUAUCACAAAAACCAUUUAAACCUGCCGAAUUUUUAGCCAUUCAUGAUGAUACCUAUGAUGGUAAUAAUUACAACAAAACUAACGUGAAUUCCACAAAUGGUACAACAACAACAUCAACCACACCGACACCAACAACGGCCAGUGGCAAACACAAACCUCCGCAACAAAUGAAAUGGAUUUUUCCCAUAACCUAUGUGACAGAUAUCAACAAUAAUACGGAAACAUUGUGGAUGCAAAAUAUCGAUGUAACAUUCAACGUCCCGGAAAGUGUAAAAUGGAUUAAGGUAAAUGCCCGGCAAUCGGGCUAUUAUCGUGUGCUAUAUAACGAAGACAAUUGGGCGAAUAUUAUUGAGGAUAUGGCAAAUGAUCCUGAGAAAUUUACCGGAGAAGAUCGCUUGGGCCUCUUGUCGGAUGCAUUUACUCUCUGCCACGCUAAUUUGUUGCCAUGUGAAAUUACAAUGAAUCUGAUUCAAUAUCUGCCGAGUGAAACAAAUUGGGGUCCAAUGGCCUUGACUCUAAGGCAUUUGGAGAAAUGGCGUCGCAUUUUGAAAUAUUCGGAAUGUUUCCUAAUGCUGUCGGAAUUUAUAAAAAUGAAGCUGUCGACGGUAAUUGAGAAGAUCGGUUGGAAUGAUGAGGGCGAUGAAGCAACCAGAUUAAUGCGUCCUGAAGUGUUACUCGCCUCCGUUCUCUGGGAAGACAUCGACAGCAUAACCAAGGCGAAAAAUAUGUUGAACCAAUUUCUAUUCUACAAUGGCACAGCUAUUCCCCCAAAUCUGAGAGAGGUCGUUUACACAGGUUCCAUAUUAUCGGGGGAGUAUAUUUUCUGGCAACAUUGUUGGGAGAGAUUUGUUACCCUGCAAAGAAAUUCCGAUAGCUAUGUGGAACGUAUGCAGUUGCUGAGGGCUUUGGGUAGAACUAAAGAUGCCUGGCUACAAAAUCGUCUGCUCUCCCAUGUAACCAUGCUGCCGACCACUGAAGUGGUACAGGUGCUGCAGGCAAUUGCUGGAACACCCACAGGCGGUGCCAUGGCUUGUCGUUUCUUGCAGGCCAAAUGGUUUGAAUUGGAAUCACGUAUGGGCCAGGGUACACUGGCAUUUGCCAAAGUGAUAUCGGCCAUAACACAAUACGGGGCAACAAAAUUCGAUUAUGAUGAGCUCAAAUCCCUGGUACAUCGUUUUGGUCGAGGGCCCGGUUUGGGGGUUUUAAAUAUGACCCUAAGUAGUGUGGCUUCCAAUGUAGAAUGGGUGGCUAGAUCUCAGCCCUCACUGUAUAAAUGGGUGGAGAGUAAUCUACAUUCCCAUUAA